UGGCCAGUGAACCUCAACCAAGCGCCUCUGGUUUUGCUUCGUUGAACUUUCCGAUGCGGUCGGUGGAGCAAAAAAUGGCGGUGCAAACGGAUAUUGAGGCCAAUCAGUAUACUUUGAAGUCAUGUGUAGAGACCAUGACGGCAGUCACAAACCUGUCACACCGGCUGCAGAGUAGGACAAAUGAGGUGCAGCAGUUAAACGCCCAUCUGGCUCUGCUCCAGCGCAUGUAUAAGGAUGCGCGAGCAGAGAUAAGUGUGCUAAAGGCGGAAAACAAGGAGCUGAAGCGGAAGGCCACCGUGAUGUUCCGAUUUGGAGGUCCACCAUAUGCUAUAGUGGAGGAGCAGGGGGAAGUAAAUGUGCUUGGUGGAUUAGGAAGCACAGAAGCAGCACCGUCAAGGACCGCCCAGGACGGAGGCAAAAAAAAGAGACCGGCGGCAGAGUAGGUCGGUGGAUGGCCGUCUGCAGAAAAGAAAACAAAACUGUUGUUGUUGUGAUUUUUUUUUUUUUUUUUUUUUUUUUUU